AUGCGCCCUUUCGGUAACGCCAACAAGACGCACCACACCAGCGGCCAACCCGCGCCCGGCUCUUCUCAUAAUCGCACGCCUUCCUCAUCCUACGUCUCUACCCUCAGCAACGCACUCAACAUUUCAACGCCAACAUCCUCCAAGAAACCUUCCAACGCAGACACCCCACUUUCGAACAAACGUUUUCCGACAUCGGCGGAUCCAGCUGGGUUACAGCUCAAACAGAAUCAAGCAUGUGUCCGAGAUAUACAAGCUCUUCGCACGCCAACGCCGCGUAAAGAUGCACGACAACUGUCUCGCGAUCUUUCUCUUUCUGGAAACGAGGCAUUCCGUUCACCGACUACUCCGGUUUCUCCAUGGCAAGCCUCGCUGCGAUCACCGGCUACAGCCGAAGCGCUUCCUGCACACGGAUCCCACGCGCAUCCUGCACCUACUGGCAGGAUGCGGUAUGAUCAGUGGUGGAUGUCGGGGACUUCCUCCGGCCGGACUCCGGACAUUUUCACUACACAUUCGAGCACAGUACCGUCGGCUGCCAUCGUCACGUCUCUACCGUCCAACAAUCAGAGCUCGCACUACUUAGCACGAGGCCCUGCCGGGCAGAACAUUUCCAGCAAUACCAUUCCAGUCACUUUGAAUGGCGCGAGAAGUCAAGCCACCGGGGUCCAAUCCGAGGCAUUCGUCAACUAUCGAGAACUGCCAAUCGGUACAUCCCGCGUUGGGGAUCACAGAAAAUCACCGGGCCCAGGGGAGCUAUCAGCUCAAUGCACUGUCAGCCCCACCUCGAUCUCGUUCAUGUCACCGGUUCCUUUUGCGCCCACAUUGGAUGCGUCCACGAUGGGCGAUGCAUUCUUCAGCUCGAUGUUCGAGCAAGAAACACCAAGCUUGUCGACCAAUCUCUUACCAAGCAAUGACUUGACCGAGUACUUGUCAUUCCCAGGCGGAGCGGGAACAACCAAUAGUGCACGUCCUGGUUCAUCGUUUCACUUGACACAUGCACUUGGACACGGACACGGAUUCGUGGCGGCCAACGAGCCUGCCCUUUCCUACAGCCACGAUGGGCCUGCGUUUGUCUGUGCUCAACCGACGAGUUGGGAUCAAAACAAUGAAAGAUCCGCGUCUCAAGACGUCUCUCAUGACACUGUUGGUUUUCAAAACAGCUCAGAAUCCUCAGGCCUUGUUAUGUCCGAUCUCCCGGAGUCUAAGAGUCGGGACGCUGCGCCAAAGAAGCAAGAAAGGCUAGCGGGUCUUGGGCUCGACUUGAAUGCAAAUGCUGCUUUCGAGCGGAUCGAGGUUUUGGCGUCCCCCGCCCAAGGUGCGUCAAGACCGACGAUGCUGGUCGACGAAAUGGGCCGAUGGAGGCUUGUCCCGCUAAGGUACGAGUCAAUGUCACAUGCGCAAGGUAGCAGAACGAGACGUGAAAGGUUGACGAUACAGGAGUCUUCAACUGCCUCGUUCAGCACUGGCACGGAAGCUAGCUAUACGUCGAACAGUAAUUCCUCUACCUGGGACAGCUCUUUUGGUGAGGCGACAAGCCCAAUCAAUCGUCACGUUUCGGCACUACCCGACAGCGCACUUGUUGAUACUCCUGCUUCGUCCAUCGGCCAGAACAGCAGUCGAUACACGCAUUCUGCCAAGGUUGCUGACCAAGCUCGGCCUGCGUCCGACCCUGACGCUUGCAACGCGGCGCCGGAAAUAUACAUGCCGGACUUGAGCGAGUUCGGACAGUCGAUUUCCAUCGAGCAAAUGGCAGAAGAGCGAUGGAGAACGUGGCCGAGAAAUCGAGACAGUGCCAUCUCGCGAGGCCAUCCAUUCGUCUCGGCUCAGCCUGUCAGCCCAAUCGCUGUGCCACACCUGACGACAUCCGAUCCGCGCUCCUCGUUUGACUCUUUAUCAGUAUCCACGUCAUCUACACGAUCGCGACUUAUGGCUGAGCCUUACAAUAAGAAUAAGGGUCUACGCUCUGGUCGCCCCAGCAGUAGCGCCAGUACGAGCAGCCGUAGCUCGAUCGGAAACGCUGCUGCUCUGGAAAGCCAGCCCACGAGCGGUACUACUGGACCGACUCGCCCUCGAUCCCACAUUGCGACCGGCUCGUUCAGGAUGAAAGCUUCGUCGAGAUCAAGUUCAAGUGGCGGCGCGGAAACCAAUGCCGUCUCCAAUGAGCGCGUUUCAGCUACAGCUUUGGCGCUACGUAGCGCCAGAGGAACGUCGCAAGGUGCACCCGCUCAAGCAGGCAGCAGUGCGAUGAAGUUGACAAGAUCGAUCGACUCUAUCACCCCUUCGGCGCCCACAAUGUCAAGUCCCACCAAUUUCUGGCACAGCGUUGCACUGCAAAGAGCUUCCAAGAGUAGCGAUGGGCUGAACCCGGUUACGCAGCGACCACGCUCGAUGCUCAUCACAUCCCCGCGUUCCGACCUAGCCGGCCAGCUAGGUAACGGCGCUACAAGACCAUCGAAAGCUCGGGUGGGCUUCAACGAGGUGUCGGAAGCCUUAAACACACUUCGCACGUUUCUCAAACAAAAAGAUUCCAACAGUGGCACUGACGGUCAUGACGCAGCACCGUCCCGGUCCACUGAGAAUGACCUGCAGAGCUGCUUUGCCAGCAAGCCUGGCCGCACGCUACGUCGAACCAAAGGCGUUCUGCCACCGAGAGGUAUCUUUUCACCCGUGGGCGAAUUUGGGACGCUCCCAACAGCCGCUUCUGCCGCCACAAAUGAAUCCACUCGAGAAAUGGAUAGUAGCACUGCGGACCAACGUCGCUUGAAAGCACUAUCAAGCCCCGGAUAUGCAAGCUUGUCAUCGGGGAGCACGAGCAAUCGACAGGAUGACAGACUCGCCGUACUUGAAGACCUUUCCGAGCGCGUUCUGCGACUGAAAGCCGAGACAGAACUUGAAAAGGAACGGCAUGCCGCUGCCAGCAUGCCACCUCCACCGACUCGGCGCGGUGGAUCCAUGUCUCAGCAAAUGCACAAGACGGCAUCGAUCAGUCCAAAGACGCGUCGCGAGAUGCAUGACGAGUACCUUAGAAGGCGCACCUCAGGCUCGUAG